CCUCUGUACUCGAAAAAAUCACCAUCAAACCUGAAAAAAGUUGUCGAAAUAGCAGCAGAAUAAAUGGCAGCUGUAUCUCAAUGCCGCCCAAUGUAUUUGUAUCUCUCUCGCAGCAGUCUUAACUUAAUCACAAUCAAAAGCUUAAAGCUUUCGUCUUUCAAUUGCGGCAUUUUAGUGGAGACGGUUCGUGGCUCGUCGGGUUUUAUUGAAUAGCAGCUAAAAAAUAUCCAUACAUCAUAUCCAUAGUUUUGUUUUGAUUCCCGUGAUUGUGAUUCCCAGCAAUCUGCAGUUAUUUAAUGCGCGUUUUGUGACACUCUAAUACAAGCGAAACUCGUAGAUUUGACGUGUCUGCUACUUUAUUCUACUUAUUCGGCGCGAAUAACUCCUCUAUAAAGCCAUGAGAAGCGCACGGAAACUUAUGUGAUCAACUAAGAAAAACAUAUUCAGGUAGAAUUAGAUAUCGACAAGUGAAUCGGGAUGGAAUCGGGAUAAAACGAUUAAUAACCACAGUUUUAUAUAUAAAUGGGCGUUUAAUAACAAGGAGAUGCAAGUGGAAAGGUUAUUGCCAGAGAAGAUCCCACUGAUAAGUAGUUCCUUUACACAUACGCCUAAAGUAGCUCCAAUAGUCUUAAGAAUAUUGCCAACGCGAGAAAAUAUAUCUUUCGCCGGUCAGGAAGGUUUAAUUAGAAUCCUGCAAGCGGCCUUGACUGACCUAAGUGUAAAGCAGAGAACAAAGGAGCCCACUGGUAUUGAAAUGGCAUCUUCUGAGGAUGGCAAUUUGGGCACGACAACAGAGACAGUGACUAUGACUGCGACAUCGUCUGCGUCAGCAUCAAACCCAUAUCAUAGUAGUUCAACCCAUAGUAACUCCAGCAAGGGUGCCGGGCGUUCGAAUAAUUGCAAGCGCCAGAAGUUUUGCGGUUUAGUGGAAACACCUAGCAGGAGCGGCGGUGAUCUCGAUGAUUCCAUUCAAGCUCCUGACGUGGCCCCGAAUAAAAGUGUAGGAGAUAGCGACGAAUCUCAACAACAACAGCCACAUCAAUCUGUCACCGUUGAGAAGGCACAACCAUUGCCAGUUCCAGCUCUCGAUAGCUCCAGUAACUGUGGGAGCAGUAAGAGUCCUCAAAAGAUUGGAGGCUAUGAUAACGAUCUCUAUAUUGCCCCGGAGCAGGCUCUGGUUACGAGCGUGGAGUUGGUAGUGCCAGCGCCACAGACAGCAGCUGUACGACACUUGGAGGAGCCAUGUAAUGGGUCAGGGGGAGACUCAUCUUUGAUCAACACCAACAAACGGCAGUACAAUUCGGGUGCUCUCUAUGAUGCCACUGGUUCCUCCAAUUCGACAAAAUAUUUUUCAAAUGAUAAAAUCGAUGGUUGUGUAAAUGACUCCUCCAAUUUGAAUGUAAGAAUUCCUACUAACUUAGCAUUAGCAGCAGCAACUGGUGAUAUUUUGCUGGCAGAUCGAAGGGCUUCGAUAUGGGCUCCACAUGAUGAGGAGCAAGUGCAGGUAACAACGCCAGAGACAACGGCACCAGACGACACCAAGCAGGGUUCUGUGAAUGUAGGCUCAGAGCUGCCUUAUCGAACGGUACAGCAGCAACGACACUCUGAACUGUUGCUUCAGAUCGAGAAAGAAAGCUCAGGAGCAAGUGAAGGACUUCCAUUAACCCUGCAGCAUCAUCAUGAUAAUUCGACACAGAGCCAAUACGGGCAACAACAAAUCCUUGAUAGUCAGCUGCAUAGCAAUAUGUAUGCACAAAUGAUGCAGCAACAGCACCACCAUCAGCAGAACAUUCAUGAGCAAAACUCCCGAAAUCAGCAGCAUGCAAACUACUCCAGCUAUAACCCACAUUUUCAGCAUUCUGAACUCUUUGGAGUACAUCACAGUGAUCAUCAUCGCCAGCAGCAGCAACAGCUUCCACAUCACAUGGAGUGUCAUGGGCAUCUGCAUCAGCCAUCUCCUCUUGGCCAGCAGCAGCAACAGCAGCAGCAGCAACAACAGCAACAACAACAACAACAAAUACACGAAGCUUAUCACGAUCUCAUUAUGGAUGAUUUUCACGAAGAUCCAAACUCGGCGUACAAAUUAACGCUCUCUCCCGGUAAUGUGAAGCCGGAAAAUCAAGACGAUGGCUACGAGACCAGUGCUGGCGAUGUUCUGACUCCUAAUUCCCACAGCUCAUCGACACACUCUGUCACACCACAGCAUCAGAUGCAACACCCCAAUAUUGGGCUAAUGCAACUAAGUCAAAGCAAAACGGAAGAGCUGGUGUCAUCCCAUAAUACAGUAGCCGUUGCCGCCCCACCAGCUUCUGGCACCAAUGGCAAUCAGGCACAAGCUCCUCCGCCCCUGCCACAUCUUUCCAGCAAUGCUAAUGCUGCUGGUGUUGAUCCAUAUAGCUUCAUGGGCGAGGAGAUGCGCAUGCUUUCGCCGGUUAGUCGCCAUAUAGAGGACGUCGCCUCAAAUACGGCAAGUUAUGCAGGCGUGCCGGCUCCAAUUUCAGUGCCAAGUGGAAACACAGAGUGCUCUAGAGGGGACAUAUAUCAACAUCAGCAUCCACAACAGCAUAUGCGCAACAGCGAGCCUUACAAUGACAUAGAUAAAGUUGAGUCAACUGAUAGCUCUCUCUGCGGUCUGCCAUCUAAGCCAACUCCGAAGAAGAGAGGUCGAAAAAAGAAGCUUAUAACUGAGGAAGACGCAAUGCAAAUGUCUGCAUCCGUUUCUCAACCGGGAAACUGUGCCGCUAAUUCUGGCUGCGACGAUGCUGCUGGCGAUUCACUACUGGGAAUGAAGCCCAAGGAGCGCAAGAAGCACGACAGAUUCAAUGGCAUGUCCGAGGCGGAGGUCAUUAAAAGGACUAUUCCAGACCACCUAUGUGAUAAUCUCGAUAUCGUUAUAGUCGGUAUAAACCCUGGUCUCUUUGCGGCAUAUAAGGGACAUCACUACGCUGGACCUGGAAAUCAUUUCUGGAAGUGCCUGUACUUGGCUGGACUCACGCAGGAGCAAAUGAGCGCUGAUGACGAUCACAAGCUGCUUAAUCAUGGCAUUGGCUUUACUAAUAUGGUGGCGCGUGCCACAAAAGGUUCGGCUGACUUGACCAGGAAAGAAAUCAAGGAGGGAAGCCGCAUAUUGCUCGAAAAACUGCAAAGAUUCCGCCCCAAAGUCGCCGUUUUUAAUGGAAAACUUAUAUUCGAAGUUUUCUCGGGUAAAAAGGAAUUUCACUUUGGUCGUCAACCUGAUCGGGUCGAUGGCACUGACACAUACAUUUGGGUGAUGCCUUCAUCAUCAGCACGAUGCGCACAGCUGCCACGCGCCGCAGAUAAAGUUCCCUUCUAUGCGGCGCUAAAGAAGUUUCGCGACUUUCUGAAUGGUUUAAUACCUAACAUUGAUGAGUCAGAGUGCGUAUUCACAGAUCAGCGCAUACGUCAAUGCAGUGAGCAGCAGCAGCCUGAUGUCAACAAUACUAUACAACCGCAUGCUGAACAGCAAGUUGGCUUGAUAUUUGUCGAUGGCGGUGGUGGUGGCGGUGGUAGCGAAGGUGGAAGUGUUGAAGGUCCUAGUCAGAUGUCUGAGAAAUUAUUGCCACAUAUGACUCCUAAUGUGCCAUCGCCUAACAGUGUAAAUGAACGCGGAACGUUUGCAUACACCGGCGAUGAUAAUACUAUAAGAAAUGCACCAAACACCACUAUUGGGGAAAACACUUAUUUGUUUGGACAUCAGCAGGCUUUACCACAGCAGCCUCAAGAGAAAAAGAAACGCGGCAGACCAAAGAAGGUGAAGGGGCAAGAAAUGACUGAUCCUUCCACAGGAAGCAAAAUCACAAUGAGCAGUCAACAAAUGGCACACCACGACUUUAAUAAUAUUAUGAAUCUUUCCAUGAUUGCGGGUGGAGGCAAUCCGGAAAUGCCAAAAAAAAAGCGAGGCAGGCCAAAGAAACUAAAACCCACAAUGGAUAACAUAAUACCAGCCAAGCAGCAACAUCACCAACAUACUAAUGCAAAUCCCAACUCACAGCCACCAGGAUUGUCUGCCAUGCACCCGCUCUCGAUGGAACAUAUUGCAUCAUCACCACAGAGCAACCAUCAGAUUCCGCCCAGUCUAUACAAUACGCCGCCACCUUCGCAUAUACUGUAUACGGCAUCGGCGUCGCCAAUGGCUUCCCCAGCACUAAACUGCAACUACACUCAAAUACACGGACAUGGAACUCCGCCAGUGGGUCAGUCGGUUUCUGCUGCUCAUGGUACGCCACCUAUUCUUGAUCAGCAGAAUGAUCACAUGCUGUCCCAAAAACAGAGCCAGCCAAUGGGAUUAGGCAUCGGCAUUCGAGAUCAACCGCACCUAGGCGAAACGCCGCCGCCUAAUUCUCCAAACAUGUGCACCGCAGUCGAUUUCGAUCAACCAGAUGAUAACCCUGAUGGGCAAGGCCGGGAGCAGACCCAAGGGCAGGCACAGGAGCAAGGACUCGGCAUGGGGCAACAGCAAUCGCAAACCGUGGACAAGGCCCAAUAUGUUAGUCCUGGCCCUGAAGCAGAUGUUAACGCAGUACAUUCUCAGGAUCAUUAUCAGCAGUGGAUUUCACCGCAUACGCAUCAAGGCCAGAAACCAAUUCUUCAACAAAUGCAUCAGCAGCCACAGCCAUUGCAGUACCAUCAGGAACCGUCGGAGCACUGGCAGCGCUAUGAGGAGCAAAAUCCCUAUUUGCUAAUGUCUCCCCACCAUCAGCUAGAGCAGAGUCCUCAACUGGGAAACUUGCAGAGUCAGAACCCAAGUACAUCUGUCCAAAUCGGGUCAGAUGUCGCACGUAAGAGCUUGUCGGGCUUAGAGUCACUGGUUGAUCAAAUCCCCGCUAUCAGAGAGCAUGAUUCCACCCCCAUACCACCAGCAACGGCAGCAGCUGCUGCUGCCGCUGUUGAAAGUCGAUUAUUGGGUCUACACCAACAGCAGCAGCAACAGAAACGUUGCCACCAGGACAACCCAGUACAGGUGGAGUCAGGCAGAUCUGCGAACGACGGUAGCAAUGUACUGAAUAAUAAUUUUUCUGUUAGCAAUCUCGCUGCCUCUGCUGCGACAACGGACAACGUAACUGCAUAUACCAGCAGGGCGGAAACCCGAGGCAGCAGCGAAAGUAGUAAUAAUAAUCAGAAUAAUUGCAGCACCAGCAAUGAAUAUGCCAUCCAUAGCCCCACCGGUUAUCCGCAUCAUGCCACACAUUUGAUCACUAGCGCGUUGGGAGCAACAAUAAAUAAUCCAGAACCACAUCCGCAUCCACACCCACACACACAUCCUCAUCCACAUACGCAUCCACAAAUGUAUAUGGAUCAUGCGCACAUUGCCAGUCAUAUGGCUCAUAUGCCACCAGUAAAUGUGAAUUCAGUGUACGCGUCAACAGCAUACGGAUCGCAUCCCCAACAUAGCACAGGUGGUCCAGGCGAAUAUGCUGCCGCUCAUGGCCACUACGGUCUGGGCAGUCCUGUGCAGGCUACAGGCAGCACAACUACAUUACAUGUGCCAAGUCCAAAUUAUCCAUAUGCCCACCCGUAUAGUCACACCACGCCACAGGCAAACUAUCCAUCUUAUGGUCAUCCCCAUACCCAUCAUCACUCCCACCAUAGUCAUCCUACGCAUCAUCUCAGCGUUUUUGAUCGUCUCAAGCCGUCCGACAUAAGCGGAUACGGAGGUUUCUGAUUUAAGCACCCAGAACAAGAACAACAGCAAUUGACGUAACCAGAAUCACAACGAUACGAAUAAUGCGGCUCGAUGCGAAUGUAAAUCGUAGGGUACGAUACAGCUACUUUUGCGUCUCGCCGCAUCUCAGCAAUAUUUAUCAAUCUCCGGCCUUGCCGAUUCUAGUUUAAGUAAACCUUAGAUUUUAUAAGUAAGAUAACCAAAGACUUCGCCCAAUAGAUUUUUCUUUGAUGUAGCGUUACAUACUAAAAUUGGAGAAAACAAUAAUAAUUGAAUAUAAUAAUAAUAUAUACGUAAACGAAAAUUAAAUUUGCAUAGUAACAAAAAAUUUGUUACUUACUCGAACUUACAAACAGUUUGAUAAUAUUCAUCUACUAGAGCCUUGCAUGAACCGAAAGUAAAGGAUACAUUAUAAGUAAUGUGAAACUAACACCCUUCGCCGUCGCAGUGUGAUCGCAUGAUCCAAGUCCCCUAAACGAAACUUUAAAUGGCGUCUCGUUUGAGGGAAAAAUUAAACUACAUACAUAUACGAAUAAUAUAAAAUGCCUAUGAAUGAUGUAUUUUUUGCUUGAUUUUAUGGGACAUUGCCAACAUUAAAACCAACGAAUUUAACUUUUUAAUUUAAAAAUGGUAAGCAACGAGCCUGAAAACCUCUGUAACAACUAUUGCCCGCCAUUUUCAUUAUGUUUAGGUGAUAAGAAUCAAGACGGUCAAAACAGUGAUAAAAGUGUAGCAACUGCCUUGAAUACUGAUAUAAUAGAAACUAACAGUAGAUUUAUGCAUGGCUCUUAUAAAUAUAUACGAAUACGUACAAAUAUGAAAUGCGAAUAUUAACAAAAUGAAUACUCAUGUAAAAUCGUAACCAUUUUAACUUGUUUAAUGAAUGAUAUCUCAGUUUUGAUUUUAUUUAAAUACUGUAUACCGUCACGAAUUGAAUUUUUGUCGGAAAUUGUCACAAAUGAAGACACAUCAAACGUUUUGAUAAACUAGAGGUAAUAUCCGGUACUUACAUGUACACCAAUUCACUGUUGCAAUUUAACUAUUGGGUAACCAAACAACAAGAUCGAAAAUAGUAGUAGCUACUACCAAUGUCAAUGUACAUACUACAUAAAUACAUACUAUUUGCAUACAUAUGUAUGUAUGAAUAUUAAUAUUGAUAUACUCUUGUAUGUAUGUAAAUACUUCACAAUGGGCAAAAUGAUGUACUAGACAUGUAUGUAUGUAUGUUCGUUCAAAGUGUCCUACUAAUAACUAUUAAACUAAAUGCAUACGUGUGUGGACACUGCGAACUUAAAUUUAAUUACACAAUGUUAAAAGGUUAUAAGCAAAGGAUUUAUGUACUUUACAUAAAUGAUUUUGUAUUUUAUGUAAUUCUAAUAUUAUUUACAUUUUUAUUAAUGUAUGUUAGCAACGCAUUACUAUAACAAUAAAAUCAGUUUUUAAAGGUGCAACCAAUAAACAGUAUACGUAGAAUAUUCAACGGAACACCAACGUAAUAUUUUGAGCGGCUGAUUGGUGACUUUUGAAAUGAAUCAACUAUUACCGCCAUAACGCGUAUAUUUAUUUAAAUAUAGACAAAAAUUUACAAGCUUCCAUAAAAACUGUUUAAAAUAAUAUACAAUUUGUUUUAUAAUCAAAGUCCAGGUUAUAUGAAUAGAUACUAAUUGUUCAUUGUGUGCUUUGAGUAAAACAAACUUAUUACCGAAGAGUAUUGCAUUACAAC